AUGUUGAUUGACAUGGUCGAUGACAUGUCCAUUGUGAGGUUGUCAUUUCCCUGUCUUCUUGCAGCCCACCACCAAGCUGUUCAUUGACAGCAAGUUUGUUGAGUCCAACACCUCAGAAUGGCUGGACAUUCACAACCCUGUAAGUAUCACUGCUUACACACACACACCACACACCACACACAACCCCGUAGGUAGAUCAGUCAUGUUAAGUAGGCAUGGGAAACGAGAGAAAAUGUUUAUUUGAACGGGGAGAUACUACAAAAACGUGUCUAAUAAAAUAGCUUAUUUUAGUUUUCUCUGUAUUGAAGUCUCUGUUCUGCGACCGCUAUCUCCUUGCACCACAAGUAUUUGACCCUCUUCCCACCACUUGUAUGUCUUGUAUGUCACGUCUCUCUACCCUCUAGAGGUGGCAGAGCACGCCUGCAGCAUCACCUCCCUGAUGCUGGGGGAGACCCUGCCCUCCAUCACCAAAGACAUGGAUACCUACACCUACCGCCUGCCCAUUGGGGUGUGUGCUGGUAUUGCCCCCUUCAACUUCCCUGCCAUGAUCCAUCUGUGGAUGUUCCCCAUGGGUAUGGUGUGUGGCAACACAUACCUGAUGAAGCCCUCCGAGCGCGUCCCAGGAUGCACUAUGCUGCUGGCCAAGCUACUGCAGGACGCAGGGAUGCCCGUCGGGAACCUGAACAUCAUCCACGGACAGCACGCUGGUAAGAGGGUGUGUGAUGAGUCUUUAUAAAACAUGCUAUUGAAGUGUGUGUGUGUGUCCUGUUUCCCAGGAUGUAAGGAAAAACCAGGCUAUGCUGAUCAUGUGUGUUAGUUAAUGCCUGAGGUAUAUCGGUAGUUUUUGAAUGGUCCUGUAGACCCAGCACUUUAUGUUAAGUAAACGCUUUACAUAAUGUGUGUGUAGGUAAAUGUGUUUAAGUGCCCUAGGGUGUAGCAGUCAAUAUAGGAAACACUGUUUUUUUGUUGCAGGUUUUAUUUCCAAGGUGAUUAUACCACCAUCUUGUGCCCUUACAGUGCCAUGUAAAUAAUGAUGAUGAGUGGAAUGAUAUGACCUUUGACCUCUUUCCAUAGCUGUGAACUUAAUCUGUGACCACCCUGCCAUCAAGGCCAUCAGCUUCGUGGGCUCCAACCAGGCAGGAGAGUACAUCUACGAGAGAGGAUCCAAGAACGGCAAGAGAGUGCAGUCCAACAUCGUAAAUAUGAUAACCGACAACCGUUCUAUGAAUAGGGAACCCUUAGACACUUAGGGAAAUAUGUCUGCCUUAAAUGGUUUACAGUGCCCUUAACCAUACUGCAAGAUGACUAGUUCUACUACAUUAGCAAUACUGAACAAGUAGAUGGCUAAACGUCCUUGAGGUUUUUUUCUUGAGUUUCUUAUUGCUUAGGUCUUUGCACAUUCCUAAAACGCAUGGCAGUAAACCUACCAACCCUUGUAUUCUGCCUCAUAGGGCGCUAAGACCCACGGUGUGGUGAUGCCUGAUGCAAACAAGGAGAACACUGAACCAGCUAGUGGGCGCGGCCUUCAGCGCAGCAGGACAGCGUUGUAUGGCUCUCUCAACCGCCAUUCUCUUACGUGAGGCUCGUGAUUGGCUCCCAGGGCUGGUGGAGCGCUCCAAAGCCCUGCGCGUCAAUGCAGGUACCUCGCCCUUUUACCUAAAGGACUUUCACUACCCUGUGUGAAUUUCUGGUAUAUGACUUGUUUUGUUUUUUUCCUUAGCAAAACUUCUUCAAAAUCAAUAUUUUCCCCCUAUGUGAAAAAAACCAUACAUUUCAAAUAGUACAUCCAAUAUGACUGCCAGCGCCAGUCCACAUACUGUAUCAUUGCUCAGAAUUGGUUUGUCUGUUCAAUGAGUUGUAAUUGUAUUGGGGGGGGGGGGGGUGUAACCGACCUGGCUUUGAACCUGGGUCAGCUGAGUGAUUGAUGACUGUUAGCACGCUUAGCUAUAGCCUAGGUUUCCACAUCUACAAACUAUUCAGGUUACAGUAUUGCAUAGAUCAUGUAGGUUUUGGUGAACCAUCUCCACUACACUUGGAAGGGUCUUACAUCAAUGGAGCAUGUCACAACAACGUUGAACCUUGGUACAGUAGAAAUGACACUUUGACAUAAGGUAAAAAAAAAUAUUCACAUACUUUUGACAUACCGAGCUGCAGUAGCUCUGUUACAGUAACCUGCAGGACUAGCUAACUAACUAAAGCCCCUUCUCGUGGGUUAAUAAUGUCUGGCUGGAGUUAGAGGCCUGACUUGACCAGUGAUGUCUGUCUGCUAUAUGGGGAACUUGUCUGAUAAACAAUUAGUCACAUAUUAAUGGUUGUGUAGUCUUGUCCAUAUGGAGGAAAGAUAACCAAUAUUUCAACACAAAGUGCCUUUGUCAACCUGGCGUAUUCAGCUCUAAUAAUACGUUUUGACGUAUGUCGAUUGGGGGUUUUCAGCUGUUGGUUCCCACGGCAAUGAUGAGUGUGAUGCAUACGUGGCGGCAGGUAGCUUAGUGGUUAAGAGCGUUGUGCCAGUAACCGAAAGGUCGCUGGUUCUAAUCACCGAGCCGACUAGGUGAAAAAUCUGUCGAUGUGCCCUUGAGCAAGGCACUUAACCCUAAUUGCUCCUGUAAGUCGCUCUGGAUAAGAGCGUCUGCUAAAUGACAAAAAUGUAAAUGUAAUAUGUGCAACUUUCUACUUUUUCUCAUGUUCAUUAUCCUUCAGGUUUUUGCGUGUACAUCUUUGACUCGUACAGUUCUAUGUGUAUUCUCUUCCAUAAGCAUUAUGUCAUACCACUUCACCUAUUGUAUUGGAUCUCACCUGUCAAAGCUUCUUUGCCUUCAACUCAUUUGGCAGGUCUACAAUAGUAAUACAUAACAGUCCCCUCCGUCUCUAUUUUUGACAUAAUAUCAUAUAGCACAGGGGUUUCCUAACUUUUUCACUCAGGCCCCCCUUCCAACAUUGGGGAACAUCGCUCGCGCCACGUCUGUCUAUGGGCACAAGCGCUGCUCAUGACACAAACUGUUCACACCCCUCUUGUUGGCGGAGAGAACAUUUUGUGAUGGGGUGUAGAGAAAAUGUUGCAGUUUUAAAGCAAAUUUUCUUGCAAUUCUAUACAUUUUGCCAUGUCCAAUGUGUAUUCAUGUGAUAUUUGAGUGACUCAAACAUUACAACAAUCUAUGGGCUAAAAGUCGUUAGCUGACAUGGGCUAGUUGAUCUGGACAUUUAUGACACGUUAUAAAUGGCUCUCUAAGGUAUGCAAUGACUGACAUGACAAGAUGAAAACUGAUGAUGCACUACUUAAUGUCAGGCAUUUUCGCCCCAGCCAACGAUGAAGUGCUACACGGAGAACAUCUUUGGGCCGGUGCUGGUGGUUCUGGAGGCUGACACUCUGGAUGAAGCCAUCUCCCUGGUCAACAACAACCAGUACGGCAACGGAACCGCCAUCUUCACCACCAACGGAGCCACCGCCCGCAAGUACACACACGAGGUGGAUGUUGGACAGGUGAGCCAUAGUUCAGAGACUUCCGGUAGGUGCUUGGGGAAGUAAGACUUGUGUGAUUGAUGUCCAACAUUGCAAGUAGUUUCCCAUUGAUAACUUCAUUUCUAGAUAGAUGGGUGACUAUGCAGUGAUUCAUACCUUGUGGUAACUCUGUGAGGAUAAUUAAUGUCACUUUCAUUACAUUUUAGCAUACGCUCUGGGAGCGACUUACAGUAGUGAGUGCAUACAUUUUAAUUCGUACUGGUCCCCCGUGGGAAUCGAACCCACAACCCUGGCGUUGCAAGUGCAAUGCUCUACCAACUGAGCCACACGGGAUCAUCUCUUGUUCACAGCACUAUUUUUGCGUGUGUGCAAGUCUUUGUCAUGGGUCGAUAAAGGUGUAAUUUGUAACAUUGGGCUCUAUAAUUCAUAGUGGAUGUGCGCGACUGUGUGUGUUAGGGUUUAAUAGCAGGAACCGGGUUACCGAGCAUUCCCGGCCAAACCAUCCUAGUUUCCCGAGAUAAAUAAUGUUGAGAAACCAGUACAUUUUAUAAUAAAUUAUUCGAAUGAACAGCGUGACGUGAAACUGACUUAAAUUACCGUAACCUCAAAUUUCAAAACCGUCACAGCCCUAAUCACAACUGGUGAGAGGAUAUGCAGAGAUUCAAAAAUACAAAAUGUACACAUGCGGCUUCAUUCAAACAUUUAGACCAGUCAUCACAACGCGAGCAGCCUACCAUAUUUACUCAACAAAGUCCCCAAUAGGAAAUAUCUCUUAGGCUACUGCAUAGCUUCUAUACAUUUUAAUUGCUUACUAUAUGUGCAGGCUAAACGCAACAUCUCAACGCAGUUAUGGUAGAUAACGUCCAAUCUCCAGCUCACAUUGACAGUGCCACACGUUAGUUUGGAGAUUUCAGAGGCUCAAAAUAUAAACUGUUGCUAAUCACAACGGCUGAUACUGUGUCCACAAAAGCGCUCGAGGAAAUAGAGAUUUGCAACAUUGUUUCAUGAUGUUAUGCUAAACAAAAGUGAGCGCACGGUGGACCUACUGGUUAGAUUUGCGAUCAACUGCGACGUCCAUGGUGCUGAAUCUCCGAUGGCCUAGGGCUACUAUUAGUUUAUCUGAUUAUUUAGGGGAUAAUCUGAGUCACCACAAUAAACGGUUUAUCAUACAGUAAAAAUAGCCACAACCUUCCCAAAUUCCCUCUGGGAGAAUAUUAAACCCUACUGUGUGUGUUUUCUCAUUUGGAUUGGAGUGAACGUGCUCAUCCCCGUUCCUCUGCCCUGCCCAUGUUCUCCUUUACCCGCUCCAGAGGUUCCUUCAGGGGCGACACCAACUUCUAUGGCAAACAGGAUAGCUCACAACACCGGCAACAACCAGCACAAGCCCCCAACUGUUUCUCACCCACCGAUCAUAUGACCAUAUUGAUCCUAAUUAAUAGUUUCUGCAGUCAACUAUGCAGUGUGGGGUGGACAUUUUCUAGUGUUGAUGGUCUGCUCCUCUUCUCUGUGUUCUGUCUCUACAGGGCAUCCAGUUCUACACUCAGAUCAAGACUGUUACGUCACAGUGGAAGGCCGAAGACGCCACCACGAAGAGCCCAGCCGUUACCAUGCCGACCAUGGGAUGCUAA